UGUCGCCAGCGACAUUGCGUUUCGUCGUGUUGGCAACAGUGUAGUUAUUUUGUCUUUACGCGAAGCGUGGUGUGUGAGCGUGAGAGGAAGUUGUGAACGGAGAAAGAAAUCCGUUAAUAGUGUUGCCAUCGAUUUUUAUUUUGGACUAAUAGCUCAACAUGGUGAAGCCGAAAGGUGAGAAGAAGAAGUCGGCUAUCAACGAGGUAGUCACUCGAGAAUACACAGUUAAUUUGCACAAACGGCUUCACGGUGUUGGUUUUAAGAAGAGAGCACCUAGAGCCAUUAAGGAACUUCGAAAAUUCGCUGUUAAGCAAAUGGGAACCCCUGAUGUGCGAAUUGAUACAAGAUUGAAUAAGCAGGUGUGGUCCAAAGGCAUAAGGAAUGUUCCAUUCCGCAUGCGGGUUAGACUGUCGCGACGGCGGAAUGAUGAUGAAGAUUCACCAAAUAAGUUGUACACUUUAGUUACUUUUGUACCUGUUCCAUCCUUCAAGGGACUACAAACAGAAAAUGUUGAUGCCAGUCAAGAAUAAUUUGGUUGGAAGUUAUAAAAUAUUUGUAUAUUAAAAUAACUCUGAAA